AUGGUCUGCUUCUGUGGUUGUCCCCCCAACCCCCAAGAUAUAUUUGCCAUCACCUUCACUCAGUCUGAAUUCUCUCUCAUCUCCUCCAUUCUGGAAUACUGCUCCCUGUGGUCUCUCCCAUGCACUAGUCCAAAUGCAAGCUUGCCAACACUGGGAAUUAAUGAUUCAGACACUCACCAGGCGUUAGGGACUGAGUUUGUGUUUCAGCAGCUUGACCUGUCGUGUAACUCACUGUUAAAGGUAUGCCUCAGCUUGGCAGUCAACAUAGCAUGUGAGCUGAAGCAGAGAGUGCGCUACAUCGAUUCAACAGGGGGACUGUGUGCCUCUCGGCUUCUGCGUCUGAUCCAAGAGCAGGUUAACAGCUUGGAAGGACAGAGUGAGGCACUCCAGCGGAUUGAAGUGGCGCGUGUGUUUGAAGUGUACCAUCUGCUAGAUGUACUGCAGGACCUCAGGACCAGCUUCACAAGCCAGGUGACCACUGCUCGCAGCUCCGUGAAAGCUGUAGUGAUCGAUUCAGUCUCUGCUGUACUCUCCUCUGUCCUGGGAGGUCAUCAGCUCGAAGGUAUGUCUCUCAUGAUGCAACUUGCAAGGGAACUGAAGACGAUGGCCAGGGAACUAAAUGUUGCUGUAAUAGUGACCAAUAGUGUCGUCCAGGACCCUGGUGGCAGGGGUGUGAAGCCAGCUCUGGGACGCACGUGGAGAUACGUUCCCAAUGUCCGUGUCCUGCUCCAGCGUGGGACAGAAGGAGAUGAUCUGCAGCCAGUGAAGCGCACGGCAACUAUACUGAAGUCAUCCCGGCAGCCUACCAGAAGAAGCACAGAGUUUGACAUCACUUCCUGUGGAACACUGACCAAUCGAACUACUUCCUCCCAGCAUUCUGCUGGUGACCUUGACAACACAGAUUGAAGCUUAGCUGGACUUUCUGACAACGGAGAGCUGUGUGUCAAUGUUUUAUUUUAAAUUGCAGUGAGUCUGUUUGGUGGUGAUGAAGAUGGCGCCAUUGUGUCUGGUCACCUUUUGGGAGCAAUUGCAUGACAGCCGGUUGUCCUUGUACAAAGCCCAUCCUUUAUGUUGUGGCUGCAGCAUUAGGGUCACCUCCCCCUCCUUGUAAGGAGUGAGUGGUCUGCAGAGAGGUAGCACGUUGGAGAGAUCUUGGAAAUCUCAAGCCCAUAGUGUACACGGGUGCCUGAUAGCAAUGCAUCAGACAGUUCGAUUUAGUUUCAGGAUUUGUUUUCAGUGUACAGUUUUAAAGACUUGGCUCUGGGUGAAGCUAGUAGCUGUAGUUUUGGUAGGACAUUAAACAAUGAAUGGCUAUGUA